AUGCGAACAAUCUAUCGAUUUUGUACUGUCGGGGUUAUGAUGGGAAAUGCUACCUUGGUCAGCUUACUUGGUAUUGGGAUGCUAUGUCCUGUGUCCUGUGUGUUGUGUGUCCAAAUUCUAUCGGCGCAAUUACCAUAUCAAGGACUGAACAUUUCCCAAUGUGUACGACGCAGCUUGUUCGCAGCAUUUGGUAAUCGAUCAACGCCACUCCAUGAAGCACUAUAG